CCCGCGUGCUGCCGGGGUCGCGCCGCCGUCCAUGAGGAGAAGGAGGAGCGCGCGCCAUUUGCCGUCGCUGCUUGGGCCCGAGCUGCGCCGCGCCGGCCCCGCUCCGCAGCAUAAUAAAAUGGCUAAUCAGGUGAAUGGUAAUGCGGUACAGUUAAAAGAAGAGGAAGAACCAAUGGAUACUUCCAGUGUAACUCACACAGAACACUACAAGACACUGAUAGAGGCAGGCCUCCCACAGAAGGUGGCAGAGAGACUUGAUGAAAUAUUUCAGACAGGCUUGGUAGCUUAUGUCGAUCUUGAUGAAAGAGCAAUUGAUGCUCUUAGGGAAUUUAAUGAAGAAGGAGCCCUCUCUGUAUUACAGCAAUUUAAAGAAAGUGACCUGUCGCAUGUACAGAACAAAAGUGCAUUUUUAUGUGGAGUUAUGAAGACCUACAGGCAAAGAGAGAAACAAGGCAGCAAAGUACAGGAAUCAACGAAGGGACCAGAUGAAGCAAAGAUUAAGGCUUUGCUAGAGCGGACUGGUUACACUUUGGAUGUAACUACAGGACAGAGGAAAUAUGGGGGUCCUCCUCCAGAUACUGUGUAUUCUGGUGUUCAGCCAGGCAUUGGAACAGAGGUUUUUGUUGGUAAAAUUCCCCGAGACCUUUAUGAAGAUGAAUUGGUACCACUCUUUGAGAAAGCUGGUCCAAUUUGGGAUCUGCGUCUCAUGAUGGAUCCUCUUUCUGGUCAAAACAGAGGUUAUGCUUUCAUUACCUUUUGUAGUAAAGAUGCAGCGCAAGAAGCAGUCAAACUGUGUGACAAUUAUGAAAUCCGUCCUGGAAAGCACCUUGGAGUAUGCAUCUCUGUGGCAAACAACAGGUUGUUUGUUGGGUCAAUUCCAAAGAACAAAACUAAGGAAAACAUAUUGGAAGAGUUUGGUAAAGUCACAGAGGGUUUGGUGGAUGUAAUUUUGUAUCAUCAACCUGAUGAUAAAAAGAAGAAUCGAGGAUUCUGCUUCUUGGAAUAUGAGGAUCACAAGUCAGCAGCGCAAGCUCGCCGACGCCUGAUGAGUGGGAAAGUAAAAGUCUGGGGAAAUGUUGUUACAGUGGAAUGGGCUGAUCCAGUAGAGGAACCUGAUCCAGAAGUCAUGGCAAAGGUUAAAGUUUUAUUUGUAAGAAACUUGGCCACUACUGUGACAGAAGAAAUUCUUGAGAAAUCCUUUUCUGAAUUUGGAAAGCUGGAAAGAGUAAAGAAGUUGAAGGAUUAUGCGUUUGUUCAUUUUGAGGACAGAGGUGCAGCAGUGAAGGCUAUGAAUGAAAUGAAUGGGAAAGAGAUAGAAGGGGAAGAAAUUGAAAUAGUAUUAGCAAAGCCACCGGAUAAGAAAAGGAAAGAACGUCAGGCUGCCAGACAGGCCUCCCGGAGCACUGCGUAUGAAGAUUAUUAUUACUACCCUCCGCCUCGCAUGCCACCUCCUAUUAGAGGCCGAGGCCGUGGAGGAAGAGGUGGAUAUGGCUAUCCCCCAGAUUACUAUGGCUAUGAAGAUUAUUAUGAUGAUUACUAUGGCUAUGACUAUCAUGACUACCGUGGUGGCUAUGAAGAUCCCUAUUACGGCUAUGAUGAUGGCUAUGCUAUAAGAGGAAGAGGAGGAGGAGGAAGGGGUGGGAGAGGUGCCCCUCCACCACCUAGGGGGCGGGGAGCACCACCACCAAGAGGUAGAGCUGGCUACUCACAGAGGGGGGCACCCAUGGGACCGCCGAGAGGAGCCAGGGGGGGGAGAGGGGGCCCUGCGCAGCAGCAGAGAGGACGUGGUGCUCGUGGAGCCAGGGGCAACCGUGGGGGCAACGUAGGAGGCAAGAGAAAGGCAGAUGGGUACAACCAACCUGAUUCCAAGCGCCGUCAGACCAACAACCAGCAGAAUUGGGGCUCCCAACCCAUCGCUCAGCAGCCGCUCCAGCAAGGUGGUGACUAUGCCGGUAACUAUGGUUACAAUAAUGACAACCAGGAAUUUUAUCAGGAUACUUAUGGGCAACAGUGGAAGUAGACAAGUGAGGAGGGAUUGAGAAUAUUGGAAACAUAGAAUUGGCUAUAGUGCUACAUCUUUCAAAAAAAAAAAAAUUGGCUUAAUGUUUCAUCCUUCAGUAGCGAUUGGCUGCCAUUUGUAUUGGGCUGAAGAAUCACUCUAUUGUGUAUAUACUCGAGUCUCUUAGUUUUCUUUUUUCAUAAACGCACUUGGACAUUACUGGGCUUGCAGAAUUCCUGAACUCCUUAUGGGGUUUCAGUGCUUUUAUCAUUUUAGGCUUCACUUUAGCAGUUUAAAAGCAGGAAUGGCACACUGUUCAAUCAUGAUUUUGCAGAACCUCUGGUUUUGGACAGUUUAUUCCUUUUUUUUUUUUUUUUUUUUUUUUGGAUUUGGGAUAGACUACAUAGGAGUAUGCUGUACAUAAAAGUAAAAGCUAGUGCUUUGUCUUAGUAGUUUUAAGAAAUUAAAACAAAUUAAGUUUUCUUGUAUUGAAAAUAACAUGAUUGUAUGUUUUGCAUUCCUAGAAGUAGGAUAACUGUGUUUUUAAAUUGUUAUAACUUCACACCUUUUUGAAAAUCUGCCCUACAAAAUUUGUUUGGCUUAAAACGUCAAAGCCGUGGCAAUUUGUUCCUUGAUGUGAUUGUAUUUCCAAUUUCUUGUUCAUGUAAGAUUUCAAUAAAACUCAAAAAUCUAUUCAAAACAUUA